GGAGAGGGGCGGCGGGGGAGGGAGACGGAGCCUCCGUCGUCCUCCUGAGAUGAGCAGGAUGCGGAUGCUGCUGGUGGGCCCUUCUUCCUCGGGAGGGAGGCCCUAGCCGCCCCAUGGCCGACCCCCUGCGCAGGACCCUCUCCAGGCUGCGCGGGCGGCGAGGGGCGGAAGGGGACGGGCGCCUGCUCCGCCGGGGGAAGGCCCCAGGCAGCCACGGGGCCACGGCGGGGAAGAGGGGGCAAGAGGGGCCCCGGCAGCCUUCCUCCACCGAGAGGGCGCCCCCUUUCUCCCCGGGGAGCCAGCAGCAGGAGGACGGGCAGGAGGAGGACCAGGAGGAGGAGGAGGAGGACGGGGACUACUACGACAACCAGCGCCUGCUCCUCGGCGGCGGAGGAUGGGGCUGCGGAGCCAGGCAGAGGGCCGCCGCCGUCGGAAGCAGCAGCGCCAGCAGCAGCUCCAGCAUCAGCGCCGGCGACCAGGCGCGGCUCCGGAUCCAGCUGCAAGAGGCCUACUGCCUCCUCCUCCGCGCCAUGCACGACCUGCCCCCCGCCAGCGCCCCUCGGGAGGAGAGCCCCCUCCUCGGCAUCGCCCCCGGGGACCCUUCCUUCCCCUGCUGCCCCCGGAGGAAGGGCCUCAGCCGGAGCCUGGGAAGCCUCCCCGGGGCCUCCUCCUCCUCCUCCUCCUCCUCCUCCUCGCCAGGACCCCAGCCCCCGAGGGCCAGCAGGAGGCGCUGCGGGAGCCUCGGGGCCAGGCUGCCUCCCCCGACGGCGGCCAGAGAGGAGGCGAGUGUCGGGAGCAGGGAGGGCGCCCCUCUGCCCACAGCCCCCUCGCCAUCGCCAUCGCCGCCUCCGCCUCCUCCUCCGUCGCUGCUCCCCAAAGAGGCCUACAAGCCCCCCGCCGCCCUGACGGUCAGGAAGCUGCAGAAGUGGAUGUACAAAGGACGGCUCCUCUCCCUGGCCCUCAAGGGACGCCCCCGGGACCCCUCGCCCCCUCCGCCGCCACCGCCGCCCCCUCCUCCGAAGGGUCCCCUCUGGAAGGGCCCUGGCACCCCUCUGGGCUCCCAAGAAGGGCCCCCUUCUCCUGCGGCCUCCUCCUCCACAGGACAAGGCCACAAGGCACACAAAGACCAAAGAAUCUUGCUGACAGAUUUGAUAGAAAAUGUUUACAUACCUUCUGUGAGCAGAAGAGAACUUAAGACCUUUAAAGCCACUGAAGGCACUGAAUGCAGGCCCCGGUUUGCUAGCAUCACCGUGUCCAAGAAGCGGAACUGGUUACGUCAAAGUUCUCCAAGGGUAUCUAAUUUGGAAAAAGGAAAUGCUUAUAAGAAAAUGUCAGGAGAAAGUCCCCAUGCACUGAAAUUUCCAAGUCCUUUGCUUGAGCCGAAGAUGUCGCAGACUUUUUCCAAGAAACUGCUAGGGCAUGAAAGCCCUAAGAGAAGUGUCAGUUCUCUUUGUGCUGCUGAGAAUGGGACGAGCCCUUUGACAUUGCAAAACCCUGCUUUGGAUUCCAGCGAAGAUAAUGAUGCAGAUGAUGAAGGAGAAAUAUGGUACAAUCCUAUCCCUGAAGAUGAUGAGCCUGAUUUUGCUUGUUUCCUAGGUGGAAAUGUUGAUCGUUCAGACUCUCAAGUAGUUCAUUACAAGUUGUCCUCUGGGAACUGUCUGGUUAAAGUGGCAGGACAUAAUGAACACCUUCCACACUUCUCAUCCUCUGCUGGGAGGGACGUUAGUCAAGUAGAUUGUGUGCAUUCCAUGGAACUUUUGCAAGUACACAAGCCAAAGCCCACAUGCAGUAUUCUGACUGGGUUUGUCACAGAUGAUUGCCCUACAUUAAAAGUUACUUUGGGAGGACCCGGAGGUAUAUCUUCAAGCAAGCCUGACACAGGAACAGUUGAAUGUUCACCUCCAAGUCCUAACCCUUUGAAAAAAGGUGGUUCAAUAAACUGGUCUUUCCCUGAUAAAAUAAAAUCCCCAAGAACGGUGAGGAAACUUUCUAUGAAAAUGAAAAAGUUGCCUGAGCUCAGCAGGAAGCUGAGUAUCAAAGGAAAUUCAAGCCAUAAUAGCUCAGACAAUUCUUCGUUGCUUAAACAUAAUUGCCAGGACAUGGGCCAUGCGGCGUUAUCCUCUUCUGGGAACAUGGUGGCUGCUGCUGCUAGCAGGAAUGUUAUAAGCCGCUAUCAUCUUGAUAGCAGUGUAUCCUCACAACACAGCUACAAAAAGAAAAGCAACAGGAGUUCCAAAUCCUCCAGCAAAGGGGGCUACCUCAGCGAUGGAGACUCUCCUGAGCUUAUAGCUAAAUCAGGGAAACACACUGCUGAAGGCAGAGCUGGGAAAGGAAAGGAAGGAUUCCUAAGCAACAAUGGUACUAAGACAGAAAUAGACAUUGAUGCUUUUAGGCACUACAGUUUUUCUGACCAGCCCAAAUGUUCCCAGUAUAUAUCUGGUCUCAUGAGCAUUCAUUUCUACGGUGCGGAGGAUUUGAAACCGCCUCGGAUGGACUCCAAAGAUGUCUUCUGUGCAAUCCAAGUAGAUUCAGUUAAUAAAGCGCGGACUGCCUUGCUGACAUGCAGGACAACCUUUUUGGACAUGGAUCACACUUUCAACAUAGAAAUAGAAAAUGCCCAGCAUUUGAAAUUAGUGGUCUUCAGUUGGGAGCCCAUGCCAAGGAAAAACCGGGUUUGUUGCCAUGGUACGGUGGUUCUUCCUGCUCUUUUUCGAGUGACAAAGAAUCAUCAGUUGGCAGUCAAGUUGGAACCUAGGGGGCUUAUUUAUGUCAAGCUGACCCUUCUGGAACAGUGGGAGAACUCUCUCAAUGGACUAGAUGGAGAGCGAGAACCGGUAAUGUUUGGGAUAGAAGCUCGGAAAGUGGUUGAGAAGGAAAACGUAGGCUUGAUGGUGCCCCUUCUGAUGAAGAAAUGCAUUAUGGAGAUUGAAAAAAGAGGCUGCCAGGUUGUAGGCCUGUACCGUUUGUGUGGCUCAGCAGCGGUCAAGAAAGAGCUCCGAGAAGCAUUUGAAAAGGACAGCAAAGUGGUGACUCUCUGUGAAAACCAGUACCCAGAUAUAAAUGUGAUAACAGGUGUCCUCAAGGAUUAUUUAAGAGAGUUGCCUUCUCCCUUGAUAACCAAACAACUCUAUGAAGCAGUUUUGGAGGCUAUGGUGAAAAAGCCCUUGAAAAUGACAACUAAUGGGUGUGAGAAUGACCCUAGAGAUUCUGAGCACACAGUGGCUCUCUUGGAUUGCCUGCCAGAUGUUGAGAAGGCCACUCUAAAAAUGCUGUUGGACCAUCUGAAACUGGUGGCUUCAUACCAUGAAGUGAACAGAAUGACAUGCCAGAACUUAGCAGUUUGUUUUGGACCUGUGUUACUGAGCCAGCGGCAGGAAACAACUAAUCAUAACAACAGAGUUUUCACGGAUUCAGAAGAACUCGCCAGUGCCUUGGAUUUCAAAAAACACAUAGAAGUUCUACAUUACCUUCUCCAGUUGUGGCCAGUGCAAUACUCAGCUGCCAAAGAAUCUGCACUGACUGAGCAGCAGUCCUCGGUGAACUACUUGAGACCUAAGAAACAACGGCCUCAAAUGUUGAAUUUAAGCAGUACUGAGAUGUCAGGGAUCCUGAGGUCCAGGCCAGCCAGGCUAGAUAGCCCUUCAAGUAACCGCUAUGCUGGAGACUGGAGUGGUUGUGGAGAGACCUAUUUCAUAAACCCCAAGGAAGCUCCGAGCGAAGCAGAUUAUGAUGAUGUCCCUUCAGAGGAUGCAGAAAGUGGGGAUGAUGGCAACAAAGUGGAUGGUUCAGAGAAGUUGAUCGAACGACCCAAUUGCACGCCCAAAGAACAGACAUUUCAGGCUUAUUUGACAAUGCAGACAAUGGACUCGGCUGUGAACCACCGAGUAAACCUCAAAGACUUGCAAGAAAGCAUUGAUACCCUGAUAGGAAACCUGGAACGGGAACUCAAUAAAAACAAGUUCAACAUCCGUUAUUAAUAGCCUCCUUCUACACCACCUCCUUCUUGGUACGUUCUUUCCCUGUUUCUUUCUCCUCAAAAGGGGGUGGAAUCAUGCAACCAUGAGUUGAGUGCUGGUAUAAUAAUUGCAUUGUGCAGUGGCUUUGAUCUGCUGUAGGGUUAAUGCAUUCACUUACACAUCCGUUGCUAUGUCUUUCUCUCUUCCCUCCUUCUCUUUUGAAGAAGGUAUCAGCUUGACCCUCUGGGUUUAAAACAGUAUGUUAUUACUUGCCAAACAAUUCUAGAAUUUCUUCUUCCCCUUCACAGUACUAUGCACUUAAGAAAUUUGGACAGUUUAUUCAAGAUAUGCAAGGCAUCAUCUCUGUCUACAUUACAUAGGAACAGCACUCCUUGUUCCUGAAACUUUAGCCCUGAUACAGAUAUUCUCCCGGAAGGGAGGAUUAAUGUUGCUGCUUACGUGAUAACAUGCAGCACAAACUGUAGGUAGAUCAUAUUCUACCAUAUUUUGACACCUUUUUUCACUUGUAAUGCGAACGCUGCUAUGAAAAGAAAAUGCUUUCUCUCUCUCUCUCUCUCUCUCUCUCUCUAUAUAUAUAUAUAUAUAUAUAUAUAUAUGAAAAAGUUUAAUUGUACAAAUAUUAAUGUAUUCCUGUAUUAACACUUUCCAGCAAUUAUUUAAAACUGCAAAAAUUAAAUAUUUUUCUAACUUUUGUUGUGUACAUAUUUAUAUAUUAAAAAAUUGAGAUUUGUCUGGGCUGCUUCUGAUAUGGCAGUACAUGGAGGAGUAACCAUAGGGCAUAACAGAGUAUAGGGGAUAACGGUCCAAAAUACACUGCAGAAAUAAUCCAGUUUGAGACUGCUUUAAGUGCCCUGGCUGAAUGCGAAGGAAUUCUGGGAACUGUAGCUUUGUAAGAUAUUUAGGCUUCUCUGUCAGAGAGCUCUGGUGCCACAAUUAACCACAGUUCUCAAGAUUUCCUAGCCAGGGCAGUUAAAGCUGUCUCAAACUGGAUUAUUUCUGCAGUGUGUUUUGGACUAACAUCUCCUGCCACAGAGCACAUGCAUGGGUGCAAGCCAUUAGAGAUAAUAGGUGGUCUGAGGACCAUUCCCGUAACCCGUCCACUUAGUCCCAUCUCAGUCAAGAGACUGAAGAAUCUUUAUAAGGAUGGGCAAAGGCUUCUGUUAUGCCCUAAUGAGGAGCUCUCUGUACAAGGAUACUGUGCCUGCAUCCCUGGAUGGGUCAUGUCCUUUGUACAUAGGUAUUUGGGGAAAGGACAUAUUAGAUUUGAAUAAGAACACAACUUCUAAAAGAGGUGUGUUUAUUGGAUUGCCACAGUAAGCACCCAGUAAUUAAUGGUGGGAUAUGUUGCACCAGAUGGAAGCUGAUGGAUACCUUUUAGGAGUGAACUUUAAGGAGUGAUUUCUUUAAGGCAGGGAUGGGAAUCAAGAUACCCCUCCAGAUGUUGCUGUAUUGCAAGUCCACAUCUGCCAUAAUCAGCAUUGCAAGAAUACUGGGAAUUGCUAUCCUGCAACAUCUGAAAACAUCUGCUUAUCCCUGUUUAAGGUGUCCAAAACUCCAAAUCCAGCUAUUACAGAAUAUUUUUCCAAAUCAUUUUGCCAUUGGUACAUUUCCCUGUCAUAGGAGUUCCUAAAGAUGCUUUGGAGAAAACGAGAUUGGCUGUUUCCAGAAGUCCAUAGUUUUAUACUAAAGUGGUAUAUAUGACACAAAGGUGCACAUCAUGUAAAAAUGUAUGUUACUUAAAAGCAAGUAUAUUUGCAAUGUAUUCAGAGAUCUGAUGCAUUCUGACAGUGGACUAAACAAUAAUACAUGCAGUUACUGUAUAAGCAACUAUCAGUGGCUUUAUUACUGCACAAAUAUCCAAAAACAUUAGAUGUACAUUUUUUAAAAGUGGAAUUUAAGACCAGGUGGGUUUGAAAUCACAACUUGUUUUCUGUUUGAACUUCAAGCAGUGAACAGAAUUCAGGAAUAUGGAUAUAUGUGCCCCAGCACCAAAUUGUUGUUUUGCCUCAUCUUGUGCUAACCAAUCUGACUGGUACAAUUCAGCAUUUCCCUCUCAGUGGGAACAUGCCCUUGUGGACUGAGCUGCACACGAUCUUGAGGGAGGCUAUGGCUUUGUCAUUGAGCAGUUAACCCAAAUCUCCAUUGUCUUAGAAAAGAAAAAUAAAGUAGAUUAUUACACAACUCUAGAGAGGAUUCCAAUUUAUUUGCAGCUGUAUGCCUUCGCUAAUUUGCAACCAUGUUCCCAAGCAUAGUUAAUCAGAAUCACAUUUUACUCAGUUCAAUGCUGCCUACAUCUUGAUAGAAAAGUAGCUCUAGGCUGGUACUCUAGUGUUAUGACUAAUUUAGGGUGACCUUCAUAUAUGUUCAGACUUGCUGCUGAUUUUCCACAGUUGGAAAAGUUACUUUUUUGGACUAUAGUUUACAGAAAUCCCUCAGCCACUAUAGUGAGUGGCCAUAUUGACUGUGGGAUUCUGGGAACUGUUAGCCCUUCCAAGUAACUUGUCCAUUCUCUGGCUAAACACAAAUAAAAUACGUGUGUGUGUGUAUGUAUGUGUGUAUAGUAGUCAUAGGGCUGAUUCGGAGAGUAGCUUGGUACACAGAAGGCACAGAAUGUGAGAGCAAGUAUUCAGAUGGUCAUGUGCCUCUACCUUCAUAAGCCCAUGGCAUGGGUUUUAGGAAUGAUCUCUUGCUUGUCCAGUGCCUAACCACACAUUCUAUACCCCUCAGAAAGAAAUGUAAUGAUUUUAUGGGUUAGAUGGAUAUGUGCAGCUGUAUGUCCAAUUAAAAUGCACUUUGUGUACGUAUGUGUGACUAUAUCCAUAUAUAUCCAUAUAUACAAAUGCCAUAUUCCCAUGAUGUGUUGUGUGUAAAUUCUAGGUGCCAAUUUGGCAAUGAUUUGGAAAGAGGUCACGCAGUAUCCAGCAGCAACAUUGUCUCUGUUUCUUGCCUAUACUACAUAGCAUAGUUCUUUUCAUAUCAGAGCUAUAUGAGCCUUGAGGGUUUGUAGGGGAAAUGUACUGGUCUGUGGGAUUUUUCAUUGUUCCAAAAGCUGAGUAGAUAAUCAUGCCAUCGUAGUGGGAUGGAAGAGGAGGCAAAACUUUAUCCACCUUUUAAAGGUUGACGAAUAGAAAGAGUGCCUUUUAAUUUCAGAAAUAUUAAAAGUAUUAGAUAUAAAAAUUACCCAUCUACUAUUUAUCUUGCCAGAUGUCAAAAGUAAGUAUUGGCACCUUCUUAGCCUUGCCCUUGGAAGGGUCAGUGUGAUAAACCUUUAUUAAAUUUGUUUGCAAAUGUUUGAUAUCUUAGUCGUUAACCAAAGCAAACUCAAAUCUUAUGCAAGUCUAAAUGAAAACUAAACCUCUAUCCUUUGUUCAGCAAUAAGACUCAAGCAAUAAAAAUUAUACAGCUAGUUGCCUCAUAAAAGAUAAAGAUGGAUUUGGUAAUGUAGGUGGGUGUUUUAAAUAGCAAUCUUUUAAAAAUAUCAGCCAUGGACCUAGUCAUCUUUUAAAGAACAUUUUGAAAUCUAGCCUACUCUACACUGUAGGAUUUAAUUUUGUUUUUUGUUAUGACAUUAUCAGCCCCUUUGAUUUCCUGUGGCCCUGGUUAAAGUGCUACUUAACUUGUUCCUAUGUAUUGUCUGAUAAUUGUUUUUUUUAGUUAUUUAUUUACCAUAGGAUGACUGAAUUUGGUGCACAGUUUUUUUCCCUCAUGUAUGCCCUAAAGAAAUAUUUCAUGAUAUUGUCCAGUCUCCUUUUAUUAAUUUAUUAUUAUUAGUGUGGCAAUACACAAAUACAUGCAUUGCAAUACAAUAACGAUGGUACUGUUUUAAAACAUAAAAUUUAACCUGAAGCAAUUAUUGAUAAGCUGAUGUAUUUUUUUUAAGUAUGUGUACAGGAAGUGGAUUAUUUUUGAAAUAUAAAUGUUAAUUCUGAAUAAAACGUGAAAUAAGAAUAAAAAUGGA